AUGGCGGCCUUAGUGGCGCUCUCAACAGCGCCCACUGCGCUGUCGUUCGCUCUGAAGGAGCUGCUGCUGCGUUCUUACGAGAAGGAGCAGCAGCUGGACGCCCGUGAGGACGGCAGUCGGCUGCUCGUGUGCUGCUGUGCGACGCUGAGUGCUCUCUUUUGGUGCUGUGCGCUGACUCCCCUCAACGCGUAUCUCAUCAAGGGGGAGCCUUCCUGCGCAACGCCUUUCGCUGAUUCAGCCUGCUUGCCGCGGGUGGGUAUGCGGCCGUCCAUCUCCAUGCCACACACGGCGCUCUGCGACUUGCAGGAACCUGGAGAAAGCAUCUCGAACUUCCUUUGGGAUGCCUUUCGCUGCUUCUGCGGAAAUUCGUCGUACUCGCCUCCUGGAUCGCCGCUUGCACCCCCGCAGUGUCGAUACGCCGCCGUGGCCUACGGUGCGUACGCCACGGCAAAUCUCUUCUUCAAUAUAUCUGUGUUAGCUGUCGUUCUAGAAGGCUCCUCUCUCCUCAGCUUCAUGGCCAUGAAGGCCAUACUGCCCGUCUCCCUGCUGCUCUACGCGGCGAACAAGUGGCCGCUGCUGCCCGAAACAGAUUCCCAUCUUAGUUCCCCAAUUUUGCUUUCCCUCUUUCUCGUGCUCACUGGCGUUAUCUCCUUCCACUUUGAGUCACUGAGAGAAUCUACCGGUGCAUGCUCAUAUCGAGAAUGUAUACAGGUUGCGUAUAUGUGCACACGGCCGUCACAGUGUUCACGUAAAAAUGCAUAUAGGCCUGGUUUUCUGGCUUCGAACGACGCGGAAUCCAUGUUCCAGGAUAUUCAAAUACAAACGUAUAUUCUCUUAAAGAGUGUGUGUCUGUACCUAAGUCUACACGUAAAUGGCUUCUGGGCACGGGUUUCAGCAGACGUCGCGUGA